AGGACCCCACCUCACAGACUCACCCUCACCGCCAGCACCAGAUAGAUUCAGGAUUCUCAGCCCCUGUCCACAAAAGCGAUCAAAGAAGGAAACUAAACCAAACCAAACCACUGUCCCACCCUCAUCCGUGAAACCCUUCUUGUGUGACACACCAAACUCCACCACUGAUGAAAGCCCUCACAAGCUCUUGUUCCAAGACCGUCGUCGACACCCUAGGACCCUUUUCUCCCAGAGUUUGCCUUCGUGUUUCUUAUAGACCCGAAUUCUGCUUCACCCUUCGUUCCAAAAAUGAGAAAAAGGGUUGCAAUUCAUUGCUCCUGAAACUGGUUCGGAACAAGGGUGUUGUUUACCCGGUUCAUGCAGUGCCACCAAAGAACCAGGUGGACUUGGAUACUGCGGAGCCUCAAGCUCAACAAAGUGAACAAACAAAUGAAUCAAAGUUUGUUCGUGUAUCUUUUCAGUUAGAAAAGAAUUGUAACUUCGGUGAACAGUUUCUUAUCGUUGGAGAUGAUCCUGUGCUUGGUUCAUGGGACCCUUUAGAAGCAUUACCCAUGACAUGGUUUGAAGGACAUGUAUGGGCCGUGGAGCUGGAUAUGCCUGCUGGAAAGUCAUUCCAGUUCAAGUUCAUACUGAAAGGAAAAGGGGGGGAUAUUAUUUGGCAGCCAGGGUUGGAUCGAAUGAUCCACACUUGGGAAACUAUGAACAGAAUAAUUGUUCUUGAAGAUUGGGAGAAUGCAGAACUUCAGAAAAUAAUAGAGGAAGAUCAACUUGCUGAGCCAAAUGAGGAACCCCAGGUCGACUUAGAAGUGCCGACUUUAGCUGAAACUUUGGAGAAUCCUCAAGAGGAACUGGAUUCCAAUGCAUCCGAAAUAUCAGCUGUUGAAGAUACCCAAAUUCAUGCAGAGGAGAAACCACUUGCUGAACCAGUCAUGCAACAAAACACUGAUACUAUUUCUUCCUCUAUCGAAAAGCCAAUGGCUAUUGUUGCAGAAAAUAUAAGUUCUUCGGAAGAUCUCAUCAACAGUACAAGCCAUAAAAGUAAUAAAAAGAAUAUAAUACUUCAACCAAAAGAAGAAUCUGCAGAUAGUCCAGGAAACGAUGAUAUAAUACAUGAUCUUGGACACAAUGGAAAUGCUGCGUCACUCGAAAAUCAGGAAAAGACAAUUGUGGAAAGCAGCUUAUUUGAUCUUGAAGGAGGUCCUGUUCUUGUACCUGGCUUAAUAAUAGAACCAACUGAGCCAACUGAUCAAGCGGGUCAAAGUGAAGUUCAAGAGAUGACUAACACGGACACUUCAGUUGGAGCUUUUGAAACUCAGGAUCAGAACAUACCCGAGUUCAGUAAGGAGCAAGAAACUGAUGAUGCCACACCCCGAGAGAUAAAUGCAGACAUCAAUAAUGGGCAAGAGCUGCUUUACAAUGAACAAGAGUCUCAUUUGUCCCCAGAAAUGGAAGGCAUGCCAAACUACGAGCAAGAUGAUGACAAUCCCUUGCAAAAUGACAUCAAAUGGGGCCAAGAAACGGUGAAGAAGUUUCUAACAAAACUUGGAUUCCUUUGAUGUCAAACAUACAGAACCAAGGAAAGAAACUUCUUUGAAACUGGUCAUGAGUUCUGUGAUCAUUCUGAUCCAUUUGCCAAAAUUUUGAUUUUCCUGGGAAAGAUGGCUGGGGGAUCAUGUUAUAUGAUGAUGGCUGUUGAGUGUAUACUAUGCUGCCAUGUACUUAGAUUGUAUCAUUCUUUCAGUUUUGGUCACUUCUGUAAUCUGUAUAGUACUAGGAGUUUCAUGGGCGAUAGAUAGCGUUUUGGUUAUGUAUAUAAUAGUGGUAGUGACUUGUAACAUGUAUGUGUUGAAAUAAGUUCUAUGAAAUGCUUGUAAGUUCUAUCUUGUUUCUA